UUCUCUAUCUUCCUCUGCAUUCCUCUCUCUCUCUCUCCUCCUCUUCUUUCUCUCUCUACAAAAACUCAAGCAUAUACAUAUAAACAGAGAGAGACAGAGACAAACCUAGAUUUUUGACAAUGCUGCCAUUUCAGAGCAUCCAAGAAGCAGAGUCAUCUCUGGGAAGAAACCUGAAAUUUGCAGAGAAUCUAUGGUUCAAGUAUUCUGCUAACAAGUCCGAUUACUUUCUCUACUGCCAUAACACCAUCUUCUUGCUCGUCUUCUAUACCUUGCUUCCUCUGCCUUACGUGAUCGCAGAGCUCUUGAGGUCUAACAAGAUUGAGAGGUUCAAGAUUCAACCUAAAGUCAACAACUCCUUCAAAGACAUGUUCAAUUGCUACAAGAACGUCAUGACCAUUUUCAUUCUCGUCGUCGACACUCUGGCUCCCUCUCUUGAAGGUUCAGAAACAUUCAGCAUUGGGAUUAGAACAGGGUUGCCAUUGCCAUCAGGGACAGAGAUGCUCUUGCAAAUGUUGGUGUAUGUUCUUAUUGAGGACUACUCAAACUACUGGCUGCAUAGGUUGCUUCACUGCAAAUGGGGAUAUGAGAAAAUUCACAGAGUCCACCAUGAAUACACUGCUCCAAUUGGAUUUGCAGCACCCUAUGCUCACUGGGCAGAGGUUUUGAUCCUUGGAUUCGCAUCGUUUCUUGGUCCUAUGAUGGUUCCUGGCCACAUGAUCACAUUCUGGCUCUGGAUGGUCUUGAGGCAGCUGGAGGCCAUUGAAACUCAUAGCGGAUAUGAUUUCCCUUGGAGCAUCACAAAGUUUAUUCCAUUCUAUGGAGGGGCAGAGUACCAUGACUAUCACCAUUUUGUUGGGAAACAAAGUCACAGCAAUUUUGCCUCAGUCUUCACUUACUGUGAUUACAUUUAUGGAACAAACAAGGGAUACCGCUACCGGAAGUCAGUCUUCGGAAAGUUGAGGGAGAAACAAAAUGGAGGCAAAUACAACAUCUCCAGGCAAGAUCUCAAAGCUGAGUAGGUCCCAAUUUCUUUCCAAUCCAAUCAUUGUUUUCUAGCAACUGAAUAGGUGUGUCUUGGUGACCUUCAUUCAUUUUUGUUGUCAUGGAGAUAUUUUUGUACAGAAGUUCUUCCCUCUCCUUCUAGAUAAAGAUCUAAUGGAUGAGUUUAACUAGUAUAUGGACUAUAUGCUUGUGUAGAAGAUUUUCGAUGAGUUUGGAUGAUGGCUUGUGAUUGCAAUUUUAAGUACAAUCUUGGGGAGAUGAAGGUUACAUGAAUAUCAAACUUUUAAUGUCAAAGAGUUCAU